AUGGCUACCAACAUCCGAACUAACAAUGCGAAGUCGGUCUAUGAAAGGAUCGAUGCGGCUGGAGCCAUGCAAGGCAGUGCAAGUGGUAAGGUUGUUCUGGUCACAGGUGCCGGACGAGGACAAGCGAUAUCCAAAGCAUUUACACAAGCCGGCGCGGAUGCGUUGAUUCUGACCGCCUUGGAAGAUUCCGAACUCGAGGAGACGAAGCAGCAGAUCCGAGCCAUCAACCCACAAUGCCGUGUGUUUAUGCGAGCGCUGGAUGUGAGGGACACCACGGCGGUCUCAAGCUUUAUCGAAGAUGCUGCUAAAUGGUCAGAGAACCGGGUGGAUGUCCUGUGCUGCAAUGCAGGCAUUAGUCCGCCUCUGCAACCGAUAUCCGAGAGCGACCCUCGUCGAUGGUGGAUGGGCCUCGAGGUCAAUCUCAAAGGACCCUAUCUGUUUGCUCGCUUCGUAUUACCGCUGAUGCAGAAGCAAAAAUCGGGACACAUCAUUAUCACAGCCUCGCGGGCGGCGGUCUCCAAUGACCCCGAAAUGUCCAGCUACCAGAUCUCCAAGCUGGCGGUGACGCGGCUGGCCGAACUUAUUGAUGUUGAAAACAGCCAUCUAGGCAUCAAAUCCUUCGCCAUCCACCCGGGAGGCAUCAUCACACGACUCUUGACGGACUUGGAAACCAAGGAGACCGAGCCGUGGGCAGCGAAAGCGGCGCCUUUCAUCCGCUCCAAGUUGGUAGAGGAUAUCUCCCUGCCCGGGAAUUCUUGUGUGUUCCUGGCCUCUGGGAAAGCGGACUACUUGAGUGGUCGCUUUGUAGACACCACUAUUCACUUUGACGAUCUUGGACGGGGAGAGGCGGCGAUCUUGGAGCAUGAUCUGCUCAAGAUUCGGGUACCCUUAAACUGGAAUCCAGAGGGUGGUGUCUCUUGCUUCUCCACCAAGGCCUGA